AUCAUCUGUAAAAAUAAUAAUUAUUAGCAACGCAAAAAAAAUUUUUAAUCACGCAGAUAGAUCCAGGCAUAUCGGUCAUAAGACGCCCCUGAGACACAAGCCACGCGCGCGAAUGACCGACGGCUCGGCUUGGCCGGCUCGGCCGUCGAAUCAUGCACCUUUAUCUCUCAGUCACGCACCGUUUCAAUAGAGACAGAGAAUAAACAAAAAAAGGAUAGAUAAAACGCUUAUACUUUUUGUUUAUUGUCCAUCUCAUUCUAUCAAGAGCACUCUAUCGAGCAGCGGCGGGCGGAAAGGUAAAAGCCAAGUGCAUUUCGCUCGCGACUCUUGUCAGCUGGGACAGACUUGUUUUAUCACUUUUGGGAAAAGCCGAAGGCCCCUCUUUUCGCGGUAGCGGAUGAUAUUUUAUCUCCUCGCAUCAGCAUCGGACUUGCUCCGGAAGUUAACUGCGGCAGCAACACCAGGAAGCGACAGCACGAGAGAGGAUUUCCGGCGCGUGAACACCUGCAAAGCGUCCAGCGAUUUGAUCGCGACCAUGGACGUCCCGGCAGACGGAGGUGCUGACUUUGAACAUGCGAUCACCGUAACAGGUUUUGGUAGGUUCCACUACACGCUGUUGACCAUUUGCGGCCUGAUUUACACGAACACGGCGAUCGGGGUGACGAUACUCUCGUUCGUACUUCCUGCGGCACAAUGCGACCUCGAGAUGGACUCCACUGCGAAAGGUUGGCUGGCCGCGUCUCCGAUGCUAGGUAUGUUGAUUGGCACAUAUAUAUGGGGAUGUUUGGCUGACAUAAAGGGCAGAAAGAUCGUGUUAAUCACCACACUGCUGAUGGACGGCAUCGUGGGCAUCUUGUCUUCGUUUGCUCAAUACUUUUGGAUAUUCAUAAUCUUCCGGUUUUUCAAUGGCUUUGCUACAUUGGGCACUCUAGGCACCUGUUUUCCGUAUCUUGGCGAAUUUCAACCCACAAAAUUCCGCGAACGUUAUCUCUGCUGGAUGGAAAUGUUUUCGGUGGCCGGGCUGAUAGUUUUGCCGCUGAUCGCCUGGCUGAUCAUCCCCAUAAACCUCCCUAUCGUAAGCGAGACGUUCUACUUUAAGUCUUGGAAUCUCUUCGUCGCGCUCUGCGCUCUGCCGUCGCUCAUGCUUGGUCUGUGGCUGUUCGCCUUCCCUGAGAGCCCGAAGUUCUUGCUGGAGUGCGGCGAAACCGACGCCGCCCUCGAGGUGUUCAAGUGGAUUUAUUCGCGGAACACCGGCGCUGAUCCGGAAACCUAUCCGGUGAAGCGCCUACAAGAAAAAGCAAAGAAUCAGGAUAAAAACAUCAGGGGACUGAAGCUUUACAAGCGGAAGGAUUUAAAGAUCCUAUUCGCGGAAAUACGUGAUCUAACGAAAACGCUCUGCAAACCACCCCAUUUGUGGAACACCGUGCUCGUCUGCGCCAUUGAAUUUGGACUUAUGAGCAGCUAUUGCACUCUGAUGGUCUGGUUUCCGGAAUUGUUCACUAGAUUCGAGCAAUUCGAGCAAGCGAACCCGGGGGAGACCACGUCGAUGUGCAUAGUGUCCGCCCUGCCGGACAACACAACCUUUUUUGACCCUUACGGAUGCGACAAGAUAAUCGCACCUUCUGUUUAUCUGCACACCGUGUACGUGGGCCUCGCGUGUAUCCCCGGCGCAAUCAUCCUACCCCUCUUCGUGCACAAGCUGGGCGCGAAGUUCUUCUUGAUCGUGUCGCUGGUGGUCUCCGGCGCGGUAACGGUAGGCUUCUACUACGUGGUGAACUCGACGCAGAACCUGGUGCUCUCGUGCGUGUUCGAGGCUGUCAUGUCCCUCGGAGUCUCUCUAGUUUAUUGCGUGAUCGUCGACAUCUUCCCGACAAAUCUCAGGAUAAUGGCCAUGGCUCUAUCACUGACGGUGAGUCGUCUAGGUGCUUUGAUCGGCAACCUAGUGUUCGGUUAUCUGAUCGAUUUAGCCUGCGUGAUUCCCAUCAUACUGUUCGCUGUGUUUCUCUUUGCCUGCGGUUUCUUCUCGUUUCUAUUGCCGAAUACUGGGAAGGACACGCUGGAUUAACAGAUCGAGUGAUCUUUCUCGGUUUUACUCGGACGACCACAAGAAUACGUACCACUCUCUCUUUUCUUGCGGUGCAUAUUGUAUUUAUUAAUAAAUUUAUUUUAAAAAAA